AUGAUCUCUAGAAUUGCAUCGCGCCAACUAAAGCCAGUUUUGGUCUACCGCAGGCUAUAUGCUACUGCAAAGAGCACCGCCAACCAGGUCAUGGUGUCCAAGCAUGUGCAGGAGAUAGACCCAGAGAUGCACGAAAUUCUCACCAAUGAGCGUCAUAGACAAAAGCACUCUGUCACGUUGAUUCCUAGUGAGAAUUUCACAUCUAAAUCUGUGAUGGAUCUUUUGGGCUCAGAAAUGCAAAACAAGUACUCAGAAGGCUACCCAGGAGAGCGUUACUACGGUGGUAACCAAUUUAUUGACCAGGCCGAAUCCUUGUGCCAAAAGCGUGCUCUCGAUCUGUAUGGCUUGGACCCAGAAAAGUGGGGCGUUAACGUGCAGCCUCUGAGCGGUGCUCCCGCCAACUUGUAUGCCUACUCCGCGAUUUUGGAUGUCAACGAGCGUUUGAUGGGCCUUGACCUCCCCCACGGAGGGCAUUUGUCACACGGAUACCAGCUUCCUAGUGGAACUAAGAUUUCCUACAUCUCCAAGUACUUUCAGACGAUGCCUUACCAUGUCAACAUUCAAACUGGCUUGAUUGAUUAUGAAAUGCUUGCCCAAACUUCAAAACUUUUCAGACCCAAAGUCAUCGUUGCGGGCACUUCCGCGUACUCUAGAACCUUGGACUACAAGCGUUUCAAGGAAAUUACAGAUGCCUGCGGAGCUUACUUGAUGAGCGACAUGGCUCACAUCUCAGGUUUGGUUGCUGCUGGCGUCUUACCUUCACCUUUUGAAUACUCCGACAUUGUCACCACUACAACUCACAAAUCGCUAAGAGGACCACGCGGUGCGAUGAUUUUCUACAGAAAGGGAGUUAGAAAAGUCACCAAGAAGGGCAAGGAGAUCAUGUAUGACCUGGACAAAAGAAUCAACUUUUCUGUCUUUCCUGGUCACCAAGGUGGUCCCCACAAUCACACGAUCUCGGCUCUAGCUGUUGCCUUGAAACAAGCUGCCACUCCAGAAUUUAAGGAGUACCAAACUGCUGUUGUUGCCAACGCUAGUGUAUUUGGCGAGGAGUUGGUUAAGCGCGGCUUUCAGCUAGUUUCCGGCGGUACCGACACUCAUUUGGUUUUGAUUGAUUUAUCCAACAUUGGAAUAGAUGGUGCUCGUCUGGAAACAAUUUUGGAAAAAAUCAACAUUGCCGCUAACAAGAACACUAUUCCUGGCGACAAGUCGGCUUUGUUCCCAUCAGGACUGAGAGUUGGUACUCCAGCUAUGACGACCCGUGGUUUUGGCCCAGAGGAUUUUGCCAAGGUUGCCGAAUACAUUGACAAAGCUGCUAAGCUGGCCAUUGGACUCAAAUCCCAAGAGUCUUCUGAGGCUAAAGACGCCAGAUCUAAGCUCGCUAACUUCAAACAACUCUGCGCGGAGAGUGACGAGGUUGCUGCUUUGGCCAACAAAGUCUCCGAAUGGGUCGGCGAGUUUCCUGUUCCAGGUGAACUCUGA